AUGCGUGGUGUUUUUCAAUCAGACCAUCAUUUCAACGUGCAUCACAACAACAGCAACAUGUACAGUUUACAAGGUUUAGUUUUUGUGACCAUUUUCGUCGUUUACGUCCAAUGUGGAAUUGAAGAUUACCAUUAUAUACCGAUCGAAGCUGAAGCUGAGGAACACCACGAACACCACGAGCCCGUCAAGUACAGCUUCAACUACGCGGUGAAGGACAAACACUCUGGUGACGACAAGGCCCAAUACGAAGAAAGAGACGGUGACCAAGUCAAAGGUUAUUAUAUGAUGAAGGAGGCUGACGGUACCACCAGGAUUGUUGAAUACAAAGCUGACAAACAUAACGGUUUCCAAGCUGUGGUCCACAAAGUUGGCGAGCCAAAACACGAGGAGUAUUAUGAAUAUGAUCACAAGUAUUAA